CCAUGCUUUAUUCUGUGACCCACUCAUUUCUGUCUCAGGCACAGGAAACCCCUAAACUCUCUCAGCCCAGCCCCAGCGCUUGCACACACACUCCCACACACUUUCAGCGUGCUCAAAAAGGAGAAUGGUUGUGCCCACGGAGAGAAUGAAUGAGCUCUGGAAAAGGAUGGCUCUGGUUUUGGUGUUCGCCAUUCUUUUGCUACACAGUUGUCAGGCCCAGGGUUCCACAGUUACAAAUCCACCUCUGACUGGUACAUCUGCAGGCUCAACAUCAGAUCCAACUGGUGCAUCCAAAGAUAUAAAUACAACAGCAAAAACAAAUAAUGCUGCCCCUAAUGCCAUGUCAGUGCAGUCAACUGCCCCUCAAGCUUUUACAGUAAUGAUGUCAUCCCCCUCUUCUUCUACUGCUGGUCCAACAAGCAACUCCCAGACAUCAGCAGCACCUUCAUCAGCCAUCACUAUCUCUGGAAGUAAAGGGAGCAGCCUGGCUAUGCCAGUUGUUCAUUCCUCAGCCCCCACUGUAGCUGGUGUGGAAGAAAAAACAGAACUGAUGACCAGCCAAUCCAAUCAGGUGUCAGGUGCACAACGGAAUGAAGAGAAAGCAGAGACAAAAGAGAAUGACUCCUCUUCAUCUUCUUCCUCUGUUUUCGUGUCUGUGCUGAUGUCUGGCUUACUGCUUGCUGCCAUCAUAAUUGGCACAUACUACUUUAAGUGUCAUCGCCAAACCAGCAGCAAAGGCAUGAAACUGGCCGAGGAGUCACUCAUGGCAGAUGAGGAGAACCAGGGCAACACUCUGGUGUCUGUGGCCCCUCUAAACCAACUGGAGCCCCAGGAGAAGCCCAGUCUUAAUGGAGAGUCCACAGAAGCAGUGAAGACCCAAACCCCUCCAGCUGCCACCAACGGCCACUCUACCACCAAGACGGCAGACACUGAGCUCUAAACAACCUAUUCUACCACACAGGUUCUGGGUAACAUGCUCAGUCCCUGUACCUUAUACCCUCAAGCUACUGCAUAUAGCCCUUGGCCAUCAGCAUGCACUGAGUAGACAAAGUGAAGGCUCAAAUUCCCUCAUUUCCAUGUAGAUACAAUCACAAAUUUUCAUACGGACAAGUAAACACUUUUGAAGCAAGAUUAAGGAUAAUUAAUAGAGUAAACAUAAUUGGUCAAGAAAUCCUCCUACCUAUUCAGUGAAAUGUCUAAAUAAUGUACAUGUUUAGUUGAUAUAUGAAAGCUUGUUGUAUGUUAUACUGUAAAAGCAUAAUGUGUUUAAAUGAGGUUGAUGAUUGGUAAUGAUGCCAGUUAUGACGUUAAUGAUGAUUACGAUGGCAAUGACAUUUAUGAUAUGAACAUCAUAUAAUGAUGCAAAAGAAUCAUUUUAGUCAAAGAGUUGCACCCCUUGAGAGUAGAAAUGGUGUGGGGUGGGGAACCUUUCCCAUGAGUCAUUGCUGGCUUCAAUGAGCGCAGCCAGGGCUGGAACACAGGGAGGAGCCCUGCUCCCGUCCCAAUGGUCCACAGCUUCCAGCUCAGAUUAAAUCACGCCACACCAUAAAGAAUCACUCUGAAAGCAAUGGAUGGGAAUUUUGUUCUUGUUUAUGACGGGUUGUUAGUGUGUUUCUAGGCUGUAUGUCUAACAAAUCUAAUGCCUCUGAGUCAAGUGUACCGAAAUGACUGUGUUCUACAUGUUUGUCUGUGUGUACAGUAUGAUAUGACUUGUUAAUAGUCUUGUAUAAUUUUGUUAAUAUCAUUGUGUGACAAAGUAAUUACUUUUGGAGUUUUUGAGCAGUGGUACAUCCUAGUGCCAGAUCUCUCGAAAAAACAACAUAAACUCCAUUUCAUUGCUGCAAACAACCCACAAUGUAAAACCCAACAGACUGUUAACGGGAUUGUUCACCCAAAAAUAAAAAUAUUGUCAUCAUUUACCCAUCCUUAUGUUGUUCCAAUCCCGCAGGACUUUCUUUCUUCCGUGGAACACAAAGGGAGAUGUUAGGCAAAAUGUUAGCCUACCUCACCUUUCGUUUUCAUUGUAUGGAAAAAAGAUGCAUUGAAAGUGAAUGGUGAUUGAGGCAAACAUUUUGCCUAACAUCUACUCUGACAUCUACAGUGACAGAAUUUUUAUUUUUGAGUAAACCAUCACUUUAAAUAUACCGCAAAGCCCAUUAGCACUCAGGGUGACAACUAAAUGUUUUCUGAAUGAUGUAUGGAAUCAGAGACAUUUCUGAAUCGAGUUAUAGCAUUGCCAUUCUUUGUAAACCAGUAUUAUGCUCUUUUGUAAUAUUUUUAUAGUCGACAUUUAGAUGUAGUGUUUAUGGAUUGAAUGACUGACUUAAUCGUUUGAAUGAUCUGCCGUAAUUAUUAGAAGGUUUUUUUUUUGGUGGGUGAGGGGUUUUGUAUCUACAUUUGCUA